CAAAAGUGGGCGGGGCCGAACUACGUUUCCCGGAAACAUGGAGGCUGUACUAAGUGAUGUGGUAGCUCCUGAAGAUCUUUUAAAAUUUGAGAAGAAAUACAACAGUGAAUUGGUGAAAGGGGCUGUCUCCAAAGAAACAAAGUUUGAAUAUGCUUGGUGUUUGAUCAGGAGUAAAUACACCGACGACAUUAAGAAGGGAAUAGUCUUCUUGGAAGAACUUGUUCAGAAAUCCUCAAAGGACGACUCACGGGACUUUCUGUUCUACCUUGCAGUGGCAAACUACAGACUCAAAGAGUAUGAGAGAGCCUUGAAGUACAUCCGGACUCUUCUAAGGAAUGAGCCAGGGAACAAGCAGGCUCUGGAACUGGAGAAACUGAUUGACAAAGCUCUGAAGAAAGAUGGCUUGGUUGGCAUGGCGAUCGUCGGGGGAAUUGGUCUUGGCGUGGCCGGUUUAGCGGGUCUCAUCGGCUUGGCAGUGUCAAAAGGAGCCGCCAAAUCCUAACCAGGAUAUGAGACAUUGCAUCUUCAUUUUGCUGGACUUAUACACUGACCUGCAUAAAACAAAGAAAAUAAAGGAAUAAAACUAAACUGCAGAAAGCUUAAAGGAUGUGUAAUUUUGGCUUGAGACUGAAUAUCUGCUGCAACUCAUUGAAAUAUUUGAAUAACAGCAGAGAAGAAGUCCUUUUCAUACUUUAACAGGGUUUGUUCACACACUAUAGCACGGCAUCCAAUAACUUUUAUAACUUUCGCUUACAUUUUCUAAGUUGACAUUUACAUUUAGUAAAAGAAAUUGUGGUUCUGUUACUGUUCCUUUCAUUUUGAAUUGUUAAGGAAAGUGUAAUUGGUGCAGGGUCUCGUAUUAUACCGAUGGAGCAACAGUGAUUUUUGUCAGAAAAUGAAGUUCGGCUGCUCCUGUGGAGGCGUUGAGGAGAUACUUGUUUAAUUCAGAAAAGGUCUUUUUUUAUUUGUUCUAAGUAAGUUUUAGUGGGGCGUGAUGCAAAAUAUAUACAUUUUUUCUCAUGUAAAAUGCAACCCUAACAUUUAUCCUCGCUAUAUUUAAGUGUUUUCCAUCUUGUUAAAUAAAAUAAUUGAGAC